AAAUAAUUUGAGCAUAAAUGUUGUAAAGAAUGAUGUAGAAAAAAGCCGAAAAUGACGAUACUUUUAAUUUUAUCAGCUGUGCUGUGUGCUGAAGGAAGUAACGGUGUUGUGAGAAAGUACUGGCUUCACUCCAAUAACUGGAACAAUCCUAUAAACUGGGAUGUCUCCCCAGACCCAUGUGACCCUGUCAUUUUGUCUGAUCUCGGGUACGACUACUCAGUGUUAGUGUCAAGUAGAGCUCACCUCAACUCCCUGGAGUUCCCGAGCACUGGGGAGAUAAUGUUUGGGGAACGUUCAAGCAUCAGCUUCAGUCUCUCCGGUCUCGGACCUGGGCAGUGCUCAAGUCCCGUGAGUAACACAUACACAGCGCGACAGUACAGCUGGGGAGAUCCCAACAACUGGUACUCUCCAUCUCAAGACGGUAUCUUCAACACUGCUGACAGUGACAGGAUCCCUUGUUGGACUGACGAGGUCAUCUUUAACAAGAGUAUAGCCUUCAACGUGCUACUAGACAAGAGUGUUGAAGUUGGAUCACUCAAGAUAGGAGAACAAGAUCUCGAUACGGAAGAUGUCAGGGACUACGCUCUAGGGUCGGGCAGGUCACAGCUGCAGUUCAUAAACCUGGCCCAGUUGAUAGUGACGGGGCGGACGGUCUGUACCAAUCAUCAGGGAUGUCUCUGUGGUAAUCAGUUGGAUUGUUCGUCGGAGUGCCCGCGACGAGACUGUGUCAAGCCAAUAAAAUCAAAAGGGAUGUGCUGCCACUAUUGCGGAGCUGAGGUGAGAUUCAGGCCCCCUGCUGGCUUUUAUCUCGAGAAGUUCAAGAAGAGUCUCGGAAAUUUCCUCAAAGACGAUCAGCUAGCUAGUGACCAGAUCUCAAUAACAGUGUCCCUACAAGAGUACGAGCUCAGCACUCUCAGUAUUCAGAUCACUGUCUCGGACUCUAUCGCAGACGGAAUAGAAGGUGCUGGGUACGAGAGCUCUAAGAUAGCAUCUAAAAUCCGCAACUACAUAGUUGAUUACGACAUAGUACGCGCUUCUGAAUUGUUCAUCGUUCAAAGUCACCUGCAAUUUCAUCCGGAUCGUACUGAAGCUAUCGGAUCACCUCAGGCACCGUCAGCUGGUAUACAAAGCUGGGUUUUGUACGUUGUCCUCAGUGUAUCCUUCGUUCUCCUCAUUAUCAUAGUUGUCCUCCUCUUCAAGUGUUCACGUCGUUACAGAGAAAACACCAACAACCAGCCUCACGUCAGACUGGAUCACGGAGUGCUGCCCCGGGCCCUUGAUAGGAGAUUCAAGCCUUGCGUUCCUGCUAUGGAUCAAGAUAUCCCCACGUACGAGGAGGUGCUGAUGGAAGAUAUGUUGACACGUGGUAUUGCUCCUGAUCAGCCUCGUAACCAAGAGAACGUACUGCGCGCGGCACCACGUCGUCCUGGUUACGCCGAGAUUCCUACAACUGACAUAUGUGAUCGUGCCCGUGUCUGACAGAAGUAUAAGAUGUAUUAUCAUGGCAGAUCUGUCACACAGAUCAUCUGUGUGAAUCGUGUAAAAGCAAGAUAUCUUUCCUCUUCAUUAAUACUCUCUGAGUUAUGAAAGUUUGAACCGUUGAGUUUAUUAUUAUCAUACUCUUUGGUGAUCACAGAGAAUUUUUAUUCCCGAAAACAUUAACUUGUUUAGAUAUUAUAGAUUGAGACUGGUGGCUUGAGAACUAAGUUAUUGAAUGGGCCACUUUGUGCCGCGACUGAUUGCUGAUGACGCCACAGAUUAUCAUAUUAUGACAUACUGAAUGUUAUAUUAAAUUAUUUGAUUUAUAUAAAAUAUAAAAUAAUGAUAAAUAUAUAUUUACGUGAAAAUGAUAUUUGAAUUAAAAUAAUUUUCACAAAAUUUUCAGAUGGCUGUUAUUUAUUUUAAUACUUGUCCACGAGAUGUAUUUAUUUAUUAAGUGAUAAACGUCGGAAUUUCGGGGGAUGAUGAGCACUCGCUCUUCAACAUUUGACUGUUUUAUGAUUAUAUUUCAUUUCAGAAUAAAUCAAUCCUGGCUUUAGCUCACCCCUCUGCAAUCUUGAACAAUAUAAAUCAAUUAUUCUAUAAGUAUAAAUUAUGUUAUAUUUAAUAUGUAUAUUUUUUAAAGGACAUUUGCGAUUUGUAACAAAUAUGGAAGUUGAAAGGUUCAUUAAGUGCACUCAACUUGCACUACGUAUUACAGUAUUUAAUGUGAAAUGUUUACACAAUAUUACACCAGGUGAUCCACAAAUUACAGAAA